CCCCUGCCGCGCCGGAGGCCGAGAGGCGGCCCACGCGUGGGGCCGCGCUGCCAUGGCGGCGGUGGGCAAGGCGGCGGGAGCGGCCUACGGGCACGGCGAGAGUGGAGGCGGCGGCGGCAGCGGAGGCUUCCUGGGGCCGCGGUUGCCGGCCGAGGUGGAGGCGAUGGCCCGCGGCCUGCAGGAAGUAGACAAGGAGACCUUCCGCCGCCUGCUGAAAGUCACUGUGAAUGCAUUGGAAGGAAAAGACUGCAAAGAAUCAGUCAAGCUGAUUGCAGAAAGCACCAAUCUCUCUGAAGAGCAACUUGCUUUCCUCAUUUCUGGCAUGUAUACCCUCCUCCGAGAAGCACUGAGACUCCCCUUAUCGACUUUCAAACAAGAAAUUUUCAAGGAAGACCUGAAGGAGCUCAGGAUACCAGAAGAUUUCAUCACGGACUUUUCCAGUAUUAUCUUUGGUAACAGGCGUCCUGUUUCUGAAGGCACAGCCCUGACACAAGCAAGUAGGCUGCCAAAUGUCCAGGACUUCAAGUGGAGAGUGGACGUAGCUAUAUCUACAAGUUCACUGGCCCGUGCUCUUCAACCAUCCAUUUUAAUGCUGAUGAAGCUUUCAGAUGGGACAGCUCAUCGCUUUGAAGUGCCAGUUGCAAAGUUUCAGGAGCUAAGAUACAACGUAGCCCUUAUCCUGAAGGAAAUGAAUGAUUUGGAGAAAAGAAGCAUACUGAAAAUCCAGGACUGAACACUUCUGAACUGGGAUGUUGGCGGAACAGAUGUGAAACCUUCAGUGAAUUUUGUGAAGGGUGAAGCAUGGGACCAUCACCACUUUGCCUGUCUUGUAACUGCAAUGUAGCAUUUAUUAUGUCUGCUGUAAAUAUUUUUUCAACUCAAGUAUUAAAAGCACAAGCUCUUUUCUUAAGACUUAGAAAAAAAACAAAAAAUAUAUUGACGAAGAAGUAUAAUCCUAUUUGCAAGCAUUUUUUGCAUGAUUCAUCAAAACAUUUUUUGAAUAACUGUCUUAAAUGUAAGAACCAUUUCUUCCUGAUUAUGAUUCAUCACUCUAAUUAUUUUUGAAAGCCUGCUACCGGAAGUACCAUCAGUGUGUAUCAGAAGAAAGCCCUGCAACAUGUCAAAUAAAAAAAUACAAUAACUACUAUUGUGUUGUAGUAUGACAAAUGUGAAUUUGAGUUUGGCAUUAGUAAAAUUGCUGUCUGACUUCUUGA